UGUAAUGGCCCGAUGAUAUAUAAGAUUGAGAGAGAAAUUGCAAGUUACAAGCAAGGAAACGAGUCCGUAACAAGUUUUUAUACAAAUCUCUAAAGGAAAUGGGAUGAAUUAUUGUGUUUGGCACCUCUGCCUACAUGUUGUGGCCAAACAAAUGCAAUUACAGAGUAUGACAACAAUAGAAGGCUAAUGCAGUUUCUAAUGGGACUAGGUGAUGAAUAUGACAAUGUAAAAAAUCAGAUCCUUUUAAUGGAUACGUUUCCUUCAAUUAAUAAAGCUUACUCCAUGAUUUUGAGUGUUGAGAAACAAAGAGAGGUAAACACAUUGAAUGUGGAAUCCAGUGAAAAUUCAACAAUACUAUUGGCUAGAAGGAACUAUAACGAAAAUUACAACAGCUUAGGCGCAAUUGGUAACAGGAGACCAUACUACAACCAAAAAGAAGAUAAGAGAGACAAGUAUUGCUCCAAAUGCAAAAUAAAUGGUCACACCAUAGACAACUGCUUCAAAAUCCAUGGAUAUCCGGACUGGUUUAUUGAAUUACAAAAGAAAAAAGGAGCCAAUAUGACUGGAAUAAAAACGGCGAAUGCAGUUCAUAUGGAUGAUACGCCUUUACAGCAGCAGCAGCCCUCACCUCUGCAGCAGCAAACUGAUUAUCAGAUGGAACCAAUUAAUGCCGACAUCAGGAGUGUUCACUUUGCAGGAUUUACAGACUGAGGAAUUACUGGCAGUGGGAAAAGUGUAUGAAGAACUAUACUACAUGACAAAAGACUCUUUCAUUCCAAAUAAGAACCAAAACAUGAUAGCUCAAUGUAAUAG